AUGGAAUUUUGGAAUGGAACAUCAAUCACUGAGUUCAUCCUCACCGGUCUUACUGAUCUGCCAUGGCUUCAAAAGUUCCUCUUUGCUUUAGUACUCUUCUUUUACGUUCUUGAUAUUUUUGGCAAUCUCAUGAUUAUAUCCCUAGUGGUUAGGGAUGCCUCUUUACAUUCUCCCAUGUACUUCUUACUGGCUAACCUUUCAUUUGUAGAUGUGUUAUUCUCAUCUAUCACAGUUCCUAAGAUGAUGGUUGGGUUUUGGCACGAAAACAUUAUCUCUCUAAAAGACUGCAUUGCCCAAAUGUAUUUCUUUCACUUCUUGGGAUGUACAGAAGGGAUUCUCCUGGCAUUCAUGGGUUAUGACAGAUAUGUAGCCAUCUGCCACCCAUUACGAUACAACACUUUAAUGCGAAGGACUGUUUGUAUCCAAUUGGUUUCAAUUUCUUGGGUCAUUGGCCUCAUGACGUCAUUAAUUCAUUCAAUUUUAACUUCAGAGCUUCCUUUUUGCUAUUCUAACAAAAUUAAACACUUUUUCUGUGAUGUUAAACCAGUCAUAAAGUUAGCCUGCACAGAUAUCCAACUAAAUGAAGCUAUACUGACUAAUGUUCUUGGCUUUCUAAGCACAAGCACCUUUGUUCUUACUAUGAUAUCCUAUUGCUAUAUUAUUAUUAGACUCACAAAAAUAAGCUCUUCAUAUGGAAGGUUCAAAUCUUUCUCAACAUGUUCCUCACAUCUUACAGUUGUCUUUCUCUUCUAUGGUACAGCAAUGUGUACCUAUCUUGGAAAUUCAUCAGAAAAUUCCAUAGAAAAAGACAGGAUAGCAGCAUUAUUGUUUACUGUAAUCACACCAGCAAUGAACCCUAUUAUUUAUACAUUGCGAAACCAGGAGGUUCAGAAAUCAGCAAGAAGGCUCUUUAAACUCUUUAAGUUAUUCCACUGA